AUGACCUCAGAAUCUAAUUCAAAUGACGCAGUCGCUACUAAGCCACCGGUAUGGCCUCUGGACGCUAGCGGAACCAUUACUCCACCAUUACCCGCGAAAUGUGACAGAAACGAUCGUCAGGACGGCGUCUGUUGCAAAGAAUUGAAAGACGAGGAUGAUCGCACGCUCGUUGAUCCUGAUGUUGUCCGCGAUGUUGUCAUCGGACUUUCUGACGGUUUAACAGUCCCAUUUGCUCUGGCAGCAGGUCUAUCAUCUUUGGGCACCUCAAGAUUAGUUGUCGUUGGUGGAGUAGCCGAACUCAUUGCUGGUGCUCUCUCUAUGGGCAUCGGCGGCUUCCUAGCAUCUCAGUCAGAGCGCGAUCAUUACCAUUUUUCGCGACGUCAAAUAUCAACACGGGUGCAGCGGAGCUGCGUUGGAGAAUUAGAGAGGGAAGUAUGCGCCGUACUUGGCCCUCUCGGUGUCGACGAGCAGACAUGCCAGGCAGUCACCAAGUGCCUCAGAGAUGUGGAAUAUAACCCAGAAGUCGGUGCAAGCGGUUCGUCGUCAGACGAAGAAUCGCAGUCGCUGAGAUGGAAUAACCAAGUCGGUCUGACGCCGUUUUUGCUCAGAUUUGGAGAGGGGAUGGAGGAAAUCUCGAAGCGUCGAGUAUACAUUUCGGCGCUGACAAUUGGCCUCGGGUACUUGGUUGGCGGAAUCAUCCCCCUUAUUCCAUACUUCUUUGUUCCGGAAGCACAUGUGGCACUCGUAUACUCCUGUGUCAUCACAGGCAUCGUCCUAUUGAUAUUCGGAGCCGUGAAAGCUCGUGUUACGGGUGCUGGGGGAGAUGCUAGAGGCUACAUAUGGGGAGCAGUCAGCACUCUGUUUGUCGGUGGUACCGCUGCAGCAGCAGCUUACGGUCUUGUUGCAUUGCUGGAAGCUUCGUAG